AUUCACACAUAUAAUAGAUAGGCAUGAACUUAGUAAAUAUAAUGUGUUAAGCAUGGGUAAUGAGCAGAGCACGCUACCAAACAAAGGAAACGUAUCAACUAACUCUGAACCUGAAGUAGUUCCUAAUAAAAACAAAGGUAUUGUUGUUGUGCAAAACAAGAAAGAAGAACCAAAGGAUCAGCUUGAAGAAAACCUAACUAAGUUGGGAUUGUGUCCGAAGUUUCAACCUCUCUUGCCAAACUCACUAACCGUACCUGAUUCUCGCCCUCUGACUGCUGAUCUUAGUGGUUCUUUGGACGUUCGCGCUUGUUUAAAAGUCUGUGCAAGACUACAGGAUCAUUUGAACCAGUGUGCUACUGCUGUGAGCUUUGACCAACAGUCACUGGUCGCAAAAAUAAAAGAAGUUGACAAAGUUGGUGUUUCUGUGAUGCUCCAUCUUACAGAGCGGCAACGCGCAUUUGCAAAGCACGCAGAACAUUCUAGGAAAGUGGACGAUAUUUCAACCACGUUAAACCGAGUUCGUAUGAACCUGGAACAAACCUUGCUUUUAGUUGAUGAUCUUAAUAUGAAACUACCUGAAAAUUUAAGGCUGGAGAAACUGUCACUGUGAAUUCUUAUUUACUUUUGUUAAUACUUCAGCUUUAUACAAUAUGAUCAGACCAGUCUGUAGAAAACUUAUUGGCUCGAAAUUCUGGAAAACUCAGUUUUUCUGUCCUCGCUUCUGCCACCAAGUGACAUACAAAAAGACACCUUCAAUGUGGAAAACAACUUUAGAUUCAUUCAAUUCUCGAAGUCUUCAUGUUUCGUCAAGAAUUCUUCAAACUGAAACAACAAAAUCUGAAUCUAAAACGGAAACUGUGACUGAAGAUAAGGAAUUAGAUGCUACAAAUAAAAAAGAAGAUAAAUCAACCAUAGUAUCCAAGAUGAAAACUUACAUGCUAAAACGAAGAGAUUACACCAAGAAGUACACGGAUAACAACACAAUAACUGCAGUGAGGGCAAUGCAGGAGUAUAUGCUGCCUCCUAGUGAUCUCGAAGAAUUGAGACAAAUACGAGUGAGGAGUCCGUACGCAUCCAACGCUCCCAUCCAUGUUUAUCUGGAGCGAGAUGUUGAGAAAAAGGCAAUUGAGGUAUGGGGAAGUAAAGAAGCACUGGAACGUGAAAGAAAACGAUUAAAACGUCUCGAAGUAAAACGUCGGCAGAAACUUCAAUUUCCGAUGUCUCAAUCUGAUAAUGGCCCUGUGAUGUCACAAUACAAAGGAUUGUUAAGUGGAGGUCCAGGCCGUGUGGUGGCGUUUGCUGCGGCUGCCAAUGGAUUAAUUUGUUUCUUCAAGCUUGGUUGCUUCCUAAGCACGGGGUCGGCAAGUAUGUUCUCGGAGACUCUUCAUUCACUUGCUGAUACCUGCAACCAACUUCUUCUCUUGUGGGGAAUCAAUGAAUCACUGAAGAAAGCAGAUGAGGAGCAUCCGUAUGGCUUCGGAAACAUGCGUCACAUCAUGUCCCUUAUAUCCGGGGUUGGGAUCUUUUGCAUUGGAUGCGGGGCUAGUAUUUAUCACGGGAUCCAGGUACUCCUUCACCCAGCAUCCGGACUGGAGAUCGGAAACAUGAUGUCCUUUAGCGUUCUUCUCGGUGCAGCAGUUAUGGAGUCCGCCUCUCUGGCGCUUGCAGUAAAUGAAACGAGAAGAAACGCUAAAAAAUACGAGCUCUCGUUUUGGGAGUAUGUGAAAGAAUCACGCGACCCGAGUACGAAUGUUGUUCUUCUUGAAGACUCGGCUGCAGUGAUGGGGGUUGGGAUAGCUGGAUCAGCGAUUGCGUUAACUUAUUACACCGGGAACGUUUUAUUUGAUGCUGUUGGCUCAAUCAUGAUUGGUGGGUUGCUUGGGGGCGUGGCAACUUUUCUAGUGACGUCAAAUGCGAACGCUCUGAUUGGUCGAUCGAUUCCACCAAGCAGGUUGGAAGAGUUGCAGGAAAUGUUGGAAGAUGACGCAGUGAUCAGAGGUGUAUACGAUGUCAAAGCCACGCAACUAAGCUCGGAAGAAUUCAAGUUCAAAGCUGAGAUUGACUUUGAUGGGCGCGAAAUCACCCGAGCAUAUCUCGCAUCGGUGGACAUGGAAAAUAUGUUGCAGGAAAUACACGCAGUACAAACCUUGGAGGAGCUAGAAAUACUUAUUUCACGCUACGGUGAGCACGUGAUUGACACGCUGGGUGUUCAUGUCGAUCGUAUUGAGAGCGAACUCAAGAAAAAGAACCCUGACCUACGUCAUAUUGACCUUGAGGUGUUAUGAACAUUUACUGUCGUGACGCCUCGCGGGGUGCGUCAUUGAGUCCUUAUUUUCACUUCUGAAACAUUUUGACCAUAUUCGCUUGGUGGUUAAAGUCAUAUAUGUUGUUAAGAAUUUGCUUUCUGAAAGCUGCUAACUCUUCCUAGAAUCUUAGAAGGCGCUAUUCUUAUUCUGAAAUGGAGUUCUAGCGAGAAAAAAAAAACAGGAUUUAAACGUCAUUCAUUCCGAAGAUAUUUAACUUCUAACCUCAGUAUUCUAUUUCUCACGGUAUCCACGGAAAACACACACAGUAAAUAUGAACUGUUUCUUCAAACAGCUAAAAAGUAUGGCAGUUGCAUUGUUGGCUGUGGUUACUCAACCUUGCUUCGUGUUAUUGCGCGGAAAAUACAUUGAUUGUUAUACUGUGAA